AUGAUUGCCUCUUCCCUCGUCGGCGCUGCUCUAGCGCUCUUGACACUCCCGCUCAACGUUCACGCAACGCCGUCGACAGGUCUUGCACCGGCCACUCGAGAUCCUGUUUGCCUGUGGAUUUCCCACUUAAUUUCGCCUGCAAGCAAUGUUUAUUAUCCCGGGGAAGAGCUCUACGACAAGGGCGUCCAACAUGGGCCACUUCUGCCUCCGAGGUCUCGAAGUGAAAGGAUCAGGUCACUCGCCCAACCCCAAGUUUUCGUCAACAACUGGCGUGCAAUGCAUAUUUCUACGUAUCGCUUCAACGACGUCAAAUACGACGCCACCACGGAGACGGUCGAAGUCGGCGCAGGCCUGGUUUGGGAUGAUGUUUACAGAGCAUUGGAGCCACACGGGGUGAACGUCGUCGGCGCGCGUGUCCCAGAUGUUGGUGUUGCUGGACUUACCUUGGGAGGAGGCAAGUGUUCUCCUGAAGCUUCCUAG